CUCAUCUCCACAUUGCACGACGUGAUGAGACGGAAUAAAGACAACAAAGCUCCCCAGCCCUGCUGCGGCGGCGGGUGCUUCUGUAGUCGGCUCGCGGCGUCUCAUCUUAUCUUGCCUACGAAGAACAAUUUGGCGGACAGAUGACAGAGUCGGUGCAAAUAAUGCUCAAGCUCCAUUAACUGCAAACCCACCUGGAAUCUCGACGAGAGGAAAUCUGACAGGCAAGUAGAGGACACCGACGACGGAAAGUAACAAUUAUCUCAGAAUGACUGUGCAUCCGCCGAUCGCCCUGACAAUUCAAAGAAUAUAAUUCGAUGGCGUGGCAUGGGGAUAGCCGGCGCAACAGGACAUUCUCCCCAUCGCCACCGGCAUCUUCAUCCUCCUCCUCCUCCUCUCAAGCUGUUGGUGGCUUUGAGUGGGGAGGUUAUGAAGUAUGCUCUCUCACUCUCGGUGCGUGUUUCAUCUCACUGCCGGGGUCUGUCGGUUGGAGCAGUGAGUAUGAUGUGACGUCAAGCUGAGGGAGGAGAGUCAAAUGCUUGUUUGAAUUCUAGCGUCGAGGUUUUCUCGUUAAUCUCAUGACUCGUCGACGUCUCCGAUCCAUCACCGGGAGUUGGUAACAAAGAAAAUCUCACUGAGCUCUUCAUAUGGUGCGGCUAGUGGUCGAGCUUUGUGGAGUCGCAGCGAGCUUGCGAGUCGUCGCCCUCCCUUCUUCCGUCCCCUGUCAAAUAUUUGCCCUCGGAAGCAACUCUCCCCGGAUGUUUCAGAUUAUUCUCGUCGUUUUUCUCAUGUUGCGACUGGAGGUACUGAUUCGCAGAGCGAUUGCCAGUUUGUCGACAUGGCAGCUUCACCAUCCAGAGUGGUGAUGUUUCUCGGCUUGGUGAUUUCUCUCAGCCGCCAUGGAUCCUCUGUUACUGCUCACCUCUGGUCUGCCCCUGAGGCGAGGCCAGGUCUCAUGGUGCCAGGUGGAUGGUGAAAGGGCAGGGAAUCCAGCACUCGCAGUCGCGCAUCGAUUCAAUGACAGGCUUAGCAUGUACAAUGUGGGACGUCCGCGCUAAGGCGAGCUCCAUGCCGACGAUUGCAUUCAUUCGGGUGCAGGUCCUUGGGGCCUUCAAGGAGAUGUGUUCCUGUCUGCCAAGCGGACGUGCAACUCGCAUCGAGCCAACUGGAACGAUGUGAAUACGAUGCCUUAGCACUCGCUCAGGAUGGGGACAGAGAACUCUCGCUGAUGCUGUCGUGCGAAUUGGUACCCGUUUUGUUUGUCUCACGCCGCCCUGGGAUUUCUCGAACCAUGCAAGUCACCUGAGUCCGUUCUGGAGGAGUGUGAGUAAGUUCCCGAAAUUCGAAGAAGAAGAUUGGCACCUUAAGAAUUUGAGCUUUUUUGUUUGAGCCUCAUGAUGCCGUUUCCGAGUCCAUCUGAUCAUCGGAUCAUCGGACGAGUGAUUUUGGUUUUCAUACCAUGGAUCACUUGAGGAAGUUAAAUCGGGCUCUCGACGUUCAGAGACCUGGAAGGACGGCAUCGCGGUGGUCCGCUUGUAUCGGCAAGAGUACAGUAAAGUAAAGCGAGAAAUUUAGGAUGAGCAGCCAUGAGAUAGAUACUGCUGACUGCACUAGGGGAGUAUGUAGUCGGUAUCUGUGUAGAUCUUUCCAAAUCUGUACCAGGAUUGAUAAUAUUUAGCAUCGAGACUUUGCAGGAACAGAGUACAGGUCGUCAAGUAGUUUCUGUAAAAUGGUCACACACAUGCACGCACCCUCCACCUGCUGCAUCGGUACCUUGUAAAUCUGAUGAGUUUUAAGAGAGAAUUUGCGAGCUAGAAAGACGAUAUAAAGGGGCGGUGUCCACUUGCGAGCACUGGCAGCCUGUGUCCUCUGUCUGAGCUGAUCGUAAUACAACUACUCGAGUCGUCCUCUGCAGGUCUGCCACCACCGUGUUCGAAACACGAUUGUCGGAUCUCCGAGCCUUUGGCCACCGUCUUUGCUUGCAAGCUGUCGAUCGUUGUGACCUGUCGAACCCAUACCCAAAAGUUUGCCCCCGGUCACUGCGAGCGACUUUCGUGCACACAGUACGUGUCUCCUACAUGAUCGAACAUGUGUAGUACCCGAAGGCUAUUCCGAAGAUUGAGGCAACAUGGAUCAUCUGCUCCGUUCGUCCACUUCGAGGAAACACGAUAGGUCUGAGAGAGAGUAACGGCCUGAGCGAGAGGUUUUGGUAGGAAGCGCAGAAAUGUCUUGCAGCAGAUUUGACUGCAGCUCUGACUGACCUCAGAAAGCAAAUGCUCGAAUGUCUGAUUCCGAGUCGAUGGAACGGAUUUCAAAUUUCGCUAUCACCACGUUGUUAUGCUUGUUACUGGAUUCGGCGACUGCCGCCAAUUUCGAGAAACUGUCGAUCGGGGAUAACUUCGAGAAUGUGAUGAAGGAUCCUGCUCCGAGCGUUUUGGCUGUUGGAGACUGCAUCGAGUACAGAUUUCCGCGGAUCAUGCGGGACGUCAAGUGGGGAUACAUAGAGAUUGAGCGGGAGGGCAUCAUGGACGCAUGUAUGCGAGAGAAUUGCACGCUUGAGGUCGGGGAAAGAGGAUUCUCGCCACCGAACUGGGUCUCCGAUACAGAAGGCCAAGGAACUGACUGCUUCCUGAAACUGGAGGAGGGAGGGGGCAUGGCGAUCAUGAGAGGAAAUGCAAGCGAUCCGGUCUUGCUGCAAACUCUGUGGCCCAAUGAGAAUCUGACCCUUUACACGGCCGCCCCGUACACCGUAGCCUACGAGGUCUACCUCGAUGAUUUGUACGAGGUUGUGAGCGACCACGCUCUCGAAUAUGGUCCGGAUCGGUUUUCCAAAAACCCCAGUCUCGUACUGCGGAGGCUCGUCUGGACGUGGUUAUACGACGAUGACUUCACGGUCAAGAACACUGUGUUGGCUACCUUCCCGGAAACCAAUCUGCCCAACUUGAACGAAGAUUGAUCAAGUGCCACCGUCAUCAUUCCAGCUGGACAGAAUCCUACGUGUCGCACUUUGAUUCGGCCACUUCCAGGUCCCAGGUCCAGGUCCAACGCGUCGAGGCAGACGCAUCUGCAAACCACGUGAGUCAUCCAAUAGUUCCACGAUUCUUGCACCUACCACGGCAGCCAAGGGACGUGGUACUGUGUUGACCUUUUCUUCCUUUUGUUCGUAACAGAUCUCUCUAUGCUCGAAUGGUGUCGGUGCUUGCAUCACUAGUUAGCCGCGCAAAAAUGUGAAACAUCUUCUUUCAAUCAGCAAGUAUGAAACUUAUUUUUUAAAAAAAAUUUAAAAUGAAUGGGAAGUGUGCUCUUGUAGAGAAAGACAUCAGGAGGAACGUACUUACACCGAGGAAAUGAUAUUCGAAAUUUGGAAUGAUAGUGUUUAAGGGAAUAACUCCAAAGAUUGAAAUUUUUACAUAGAAAUCUUAGCAUGAAUGAAGUUAUAAAAGCUAAUAUCAAAUCUUACCAAAUAUAAUCCGAU